ACGAGGCCGCCGCAAAAAAAAGCCCGACCGGCCGCGUGAACCGACCAUUUGAGCAAGUGCGUUAGAGGGUAGUCCCAACUCCCAAGUCCCAACCCAACGUCGAUGGCCCUGCCCGCCCUAAUCAGCACCCUCCUCGCCGCCGUCAUCUGGUGCGCCGCUUACCUCGCCGCCGCCAUCUCCUCCGCCUUCUGAUUCCCACUCCCCCAACCACAAACUAUCCUGUAGCACACCCCACCUCCAGCUCUUUUAGGUCCUAAUACUAUACUCGCAAUCCCUCCCACCGACUCGCUUCGAUCCGCCGCCCUCGCGCCGCCAUGGGGUACGCGCAGCUCGUCAUCGGCCCCGCUGGGAGCGGCAAGUCAACUUAUUGCUCCAGUUUGUACGACCAUUGCCAGACUGUGGGCAGGACAAUUCAUAUUGUCAAUCUCGAUCCAGCUGCUGAGCACUUUGACUAUCCUGUAGAUAUGGAUAUCAGAGAGCUGAUUUCAUUGGAUGAUGUUAUGGAGGACAUUGGGCUGGGGCCAAAUGGUGGUCUCAUCUACUGCAUGGAGCACCUAGAAGACAGCUUGGAUGAUUGGUUUGAUGAACAGCUAGAGAACUACUUGGAUGAUGACUAUCUUGUGUUUGAUUGCCCUGGCCAGAUUGAACUCUUCACGCAUGUUCCAGUUUUGCGGAACUUUGUUGAGCACCUGAAACGAAAAAAUUUCAAUGUUUGCGCUGUUUACCUUCUUGAUUCACAGUUUGUCAGUGAUGUAACGAAAUACAUCAGUGGUUGCAUGGCUUCUCUAUCAGCUAUGAUUCAGCUUGAACUUCCUCAUAUCAACAUCCUUUCAAAGAUGGAUCUAGUCUCCAACAAAAAAGAAGUAGAAGAGUACCUGGACCCGAACGCACAGGUUCUUCUUUCACAGCUGAAUCGACAGAUGGCACCUCGAUUUGGCAAGUUGAACAAGUGUUUAGCUGAACUGGUUGAUGAUUACAGCAUGGUUAAUUUCAUACCACUUGAUUUGAGAAAGGAAAGCAGCAUACAAUAUGUGCUGUCGUAUAUCGACACCUGUAUCCAGUACGGGGAAGAUGCUGAUGUGAAGGUCAGGGACUUUGAGCCCAUCGAAGACGAAGACUAAAAUUGCCUCAUUGGAUGCCGAAGGAGCUGCAAACUAGUUGGUAGUAGUCUUGUAGUGAGGUGUGGCGUUUGGGAAUAUUAUAUAUGUAUGGCACAGACUGCAGGCAUGCAAAAAAAAAAAAAAAACGGGCCCAUAGGAUGCUGAUGACAUCUACCUGGUUUAUGUAAGUUUGAAACUAAAGCAGAGCACUCAUAUCUACAAGUUCCAGUAAAAA